AUGCUCACUCCGCUCGCAUCGCAAGGACCACAAGUCUCCAAUGACUGCAGUGCUUAUGUGGAAAGCCCUGAAUACAACCCGAACGUCUUCGUGCGGCCUGUAGGUACGAACAAUUAUCUUAACCUAGACGCUAUAUCACCACAGACACCCGGCCCGGUCGGUUUUUACGAGCCUGUAUCCGUAGUGAACAAUUCGGAUUGUUACCUCUACCCUGAGUCGUGGUCUAGUGAAAUACACAUCUCAGAUGAAGUUGGUUUCGAGAUUAGUGUUGCGAGUAUCCUACCAGAGAUGUGGGCUACACCAGACCCCACGACUAUGAUGCCAACAGCGCAGGUACCAUGGCCCCUUUCAGAUCUCUCAGAUUUACCACGAUACAUGCUAGACGAUUCAGCAUCAAAUGUUGCUGCAAUUGCUUCUCCAACUCAGUACCAAUUCAGAGAUGUCUUGGAUCCAGUUCGACCUGAAUGGACUUUUUACCAACCUACUGUCACUGAUACGGCCAUCGUCACUUCGGCACCGUUCAUGUACGACUUGAACUCAGCGACGAGUUAUGCGCCGAUCUGGGAGGUUCCAUUUAUACUAUAG